AUGAAGUUCUAUUUACAAGUAAGAAACCAAUUAAAACAAAAUAGUAACGGAAAAGAUCAAAAUGUUAAAAUAAUUUCUGAAAUAGUAGUGACAGAUGUAGAAAAAAUAUGGCAGAAAGCCUCUAUUCCAAUAGUAUCGCACAUUCGUGCACUACAAUUAUUAAUAAAUUAUCACGAUCAGUACAAAAACAUAAUUAAAUCAAUUAAAAACAGGAAAAAUACAUUAACUUUUAAAUCAAAUCUAGAAAAAUUUCAGAAUAAUGCAAAAGACACACCUUUUUUAUUUAGUAAAAAAUGUAUUAAGAAAUAUAGAAGAAAGAAAGAAUUCACGACUAUUUUUCGGAAAAUACAGAUCUUUCAAAGAGGGUUUUAUAAAUCCAAAACCUGCAUAGUGAAAGAUGCCCACGGCUGCUUGAUUACAAAGGAAUCAAAUAUAGUUAAAGAAUUUCGGAAUCGUUUCAAAGAAUUACUGAGUACCACUAACGAGGAUAUCCACCCAGAGGAAUAUCAAGAACAUACCACUUACUACUCUGUACAGCCAGAAUUACCAGAACCAGAAUAUGAAGAAAUAACACAGAUAAUUAAAUCUCUAAAAAACAAUAAGGCACCGGGGAGAACAAUAUCAAUGCGGAAUUAA